AUUGCAUACAAACUUGUCAGCUGAUCGUCACUGACCCUCUUGUUGGUCAGGUAAUAUAACAUGAACGCAGUAGAACUGAAAUGUAUGAUACUUUUCGUGUCUGUUCUGUCAAGUGUUCGAUGCGAUUACACAGUUUCCAUUUACCCCGAAAUUCUCAAGAUUGGGAAAAUUACUCAUUUCGACCACGGGCGAUGGAAUGGGAAGAACGGACUGGACACACCGGCAUCAAUUCCUCAUGUUAAGGAGGUUGGAGCUACAGCAGCCAGGUGGUUGAACAGAGAUUUGGCAGGUGGACUGUUUCAGAAGGCACCUGAGAACCCCAACAAGAAGGGCUAUCCUGACCCGAAGUACUUUCAGGCCCAUCAAAACGAAAUCUGCACCAAAUACUUGGACAAUGUGAAUGGAUACCAACAUCCAGAAGUUGUCAUGGAAGUAAAAGGUUUGAAUUGGCCUCACUGGCUGGACACCUCAGCCCACCACGGAUUCUUCCCUAACAACAUCGAUGCUGCAGCCGAGUUCGUCUUCCUGCUGAUCGACGCAGUCAACAAAGGAACCAACGGAAAACCACCUCAGUUCUUCGAAGUUAUUAAUGAACCAGAUGCUCAAGGAAAGAACACAAAUUGGACUACCUAUGUCAAAUUUCAUUUGGCUGUUGCUCAGAAAAUUAAGGCAAAAUAUCCCAAUAUGAAGAUUGGAGGUCCAACCUUAACUGGAGCCUCUUCUCAUUUUGACCGUUAUGACUUCCGGAUUUGGAAGAGAGUAGCAGAGUUUCUGGACAUGGCUCUGACGCACCUAGAUUUCUUUUCCUUUCAUUCCUACACAAAUAUGGAUGUAACAGGAGGGUCGCAUCAUUUCCAUAGGAAUUCCGAAGCAAAGAUAUUCGGUCUUCUAGAUCUAGUUGAGAGCUACUCUCAUAAGAAGAAAGGUACUCAGUUCAACGUCAUUGUCAGUGAAUUUGGCCUUGGGCCAUUAACAGGAAUUGAUGUACAGAAACCAUCCACCUUUCUUGACUGGGCGUAUAUUUAUCAACAUAAUUCCCAGAUAUUCACCUUUCUUCAACGUCGGGAUGUCAUGAGAAAAGUGGUAGCUUUCUUGCUCACAUAUACUGAACUUAAAGGGCAAGCAAGUAUUAACUACAGCAUCCUUGAUAAAAACCACAACGAGAGGGACAUUGCGCAAGCUUUCAAGUUCUGGAAGAACUUCCAUAAGACAAUGACAUACUUGCGAGUAGACAGUCAGUUCCAUAAUGCUGAGAGGAAGAUUGUACCCCACGUUUUAGUUGAUCAAAGGAACGGCAGCCUCAGCAUUCUUCUUCAUAACAAUGACCAAAAGCCAAAUCAUGUGACCCUACAUUUUGACAAAGGUUGGUUCCAUCCCACAAGUGGAAAGUCCACCUGUGAAUAUCUAAACGCACAGAAGAAACCAACUCUAGAUACAGACACACCAGUUCACGUCACAAACUCCAUGGUAACCGUUCCUGCUGAAGCGAGUUGUUACUUCCAGUUCCACACAACCCACAACUUUGCCCAUGCUCCGACUGUGACCCAGAACACCUACUACUCCCCCGACAUGGUAGUCCCCAUUCACAAUACCGUCGUCGAUGUUGAAGUAAACGUCCCACCCGUUGGAAAUAUUGACUUUGUUCGUCUGAGAGUUAGUGUCAGUUUCAGCAUGAAGUCUCCACAUCAGAAACUAAAGACGGUGGUUGUUAACACUCACACCUUGACGUCCUUCUACUCACUGCAUACCCACAACGGCCCGGAUGAAGACACUGUAUGGAAUGUCUUUGAGUACAACGUCCCCAACAACAUGCUACAACAACACAACAACGACGUCAAACUUAGCUUCUCUGAGGCUGGGGGUUAUCUGUCCACUGUGGCAGUGAUCGUUGGGAGUCACUGAGGGGGAUUUCUGUGCGGAAUCGCAUAGCUGAAUAAAUCUUAUCAAAACAUA